CGCCCCCCUCCACCUCCACCUCCUGCAGUAACGGACAGGGGGGCGUGGCCAGACCCCCGCAGCCCGCAGGAGGGGGUGCCGGCAAGAAGGGGCUCCCUGCCAACCUAAUGGACAUCUUUAACAAGAUCGCCAAGUUUGAGAAGGAGAAAGGAGCCGGGCCGAGGAAGUAGGAGCCGCGUGAUGGCGCUCCAGGCCGCGGGGCGUCUUCAUGUGUCAGAGCGAGAAUUGGGUUGAAGAGAUGUAAUGGGAGCCGGAAAACCAGUUACCACGGUGACAUGGUGUUGACCCCUGGUCAAGAAUCCCUUUUUGUUGUUCCUUAUGUCGUAGUAAUCCGUUACGUUUAUUUUUUCCAUAAAAAGACAGGAUUUAUGGAACCUCCAAGGCCUUAUUGUCCAUUUUGCUUAUUGACAGAGAUGCUUUAUUGGUGUCAUGUGUUGCGUCUCUCCCUCUGCCCACCGUUACCGUCGGUUACGGGCGGAGAUACUCCCAGUGGGGUGUGGAGGUUGUGUUCUUAACACUGGUACCCAAAAUGCAGUGUGAUUUAGAUCCUUGGUCAUCUAUCGUUAAUAAAUUGUGUAAUGACAGCGGGGCUGGUGUGUUUUUUUGUACAAAGGGAAAAAUCUAGUGUGCAAACGAUACCAAAUAUCCUCCAUUUGUUUAUUUGUGUGAUAUAUAUGUGUAGGGACAGGCCAGUGCCUCUCCGACUGAUACGAGGUAUUAAUCUUCCAUUUGUUUAUGUCCUUGAGGACGAACCAAAUGCCAGUCCCAGGCCGUCUGAUUCAUAGCCAGGGCCAUAUACCUAAUCAAGGGAGACACUGCUUCUCUCUGAAAAUAAGCCGAAACCUAUCAACACGCGUUGUCCACUGGAGAGUAGAUAACAAAUUCCGAAAUAAAGUUCCACCUUUAUGUCUAACGUCACUUUAUGGCCCCAUACAAGUUAUAUAUUACGGAUCACUGUUCAGUCGUCCUCCACAAACCACAGAGCUGUCAAGGAGAGCCGAGAUGAGGUAAGAACUGGCUAUUUCCACCUUAAAUACAAUCAUUUAUAAUCGGUUAUAUCUUUGUUGUAUACGAGGAAUGGGUUAACCUAACAAUUGUUAGUGCUUGGCACUUGUUUCUAUGAGCAUCCUUACUGUACCGACAGAGAUAUAUUUGUUUUUUUUCAUUCUUCUGACAAAUGUACUUAUUAACUUUCUAUAUGAGAUAUUAAUUAUCUCAAGUCGAUUUGAACUAAAGCACCUGCUAAAUGCCCUAAAUGUACAUUUAAAUGUGUUCAACAUCAGCAAGAUGGAUUCCCAAUUAAAUAAGACCAAAUUAAAAUGUAAAUAUAAAUGAUGCAUACAAAAUAAAAAUCCUGGUUGUUCCUUAUGAAACAUGACCUUAAAAAUUACAUCAAAAAGCUCAAUCUUCUUUGUCUUUAAUUGGCCCUUCAGUGUGGUUCGAAGUCCCUGGAGGGCCCGACUGGACACCUUAGAGUGCCACUUCACGUGGAACCUGAACAGCCAAGGAAAGGACCUUUUCCAUCGCCGGGACAUACUGGAGGACAUCGGCGCCGAGGACGGCAACUUCUGGCUGGGACACAUCUACAACCUGCAGGCCUACAUCCACUUCCUCCUGGCCUCUGAAGAGCAGACCCCAGGCUCCACCAUGAGCGACGCGCUGCGCUGCUUCGGCCAGGCGGGGAAGGCCUUCCGGCAGGUGAGGAACCCCGUGGCGGACGACGGUCCCUGGUUGCUGGUCAACUACGGCAACCUGGCCUGGCUGCACUAUCGACGGGAGGAGUGGUCCGAGAGCGUUGCGUACUUGGGCAAGGCGGAGGCACUGCUGCGAGAAUACCCGUCUUCGAUACAGGGGCAGCCCCAUCAGGAGGUCCUGGCCGAGAAAGCAUGGACCCUCAUGUACUUCGGCCAGGACGGCAAACGCAGUGCGGUGGAGCUCUUCAGGAAAGCCAUCGAGAUGGAACCAGCAUGCCCCGUGGAGUGGACCACCAGCCACGCGUUGGCCUUGGCGAUGUCUUCUCCUCCAGACGACUCGUCACCAGAGCAGGAGGCGGACGUCUUGGAGACCCUGAGACGCGCCGUUGAAGGCGAUCCAGUCAACUUGUACAUUGCUGUGGUGUACCUUGGGAGACGCGCCAUGACCGACAGCAGAGGGAUCGCAGAGCGAGCCUGUGAGCUGACCGAGGAGGUGCUGAAAAGGUCCCAGACCAGCUACAGCGGGAUCCGACCCCUGCUGAGGGUCUACAGACAGCACGUGUCCCUGGAUGAGGCCAUCGGGGUGGCGAAAAAGGCUCUAGAGAGGCAUCCGACCAAACGGCACCUCAAAUACGCCCUGGCAAACUGCUACAAGUGGAAGAUCUUCUCAGCCGGGGACAGUCCCUUGAUCGAGGGCCUGAGGAGUCAAGCCAUCGUUCUCUAUGAGGAGCUGUGCAGCCUGUAUCCUCAUUCUUUCCUAUUGGGGAGGAUCACCCUGGCAAGUUUAUACGCACAGUCAAGGAAUCCUGACAUCAAGAAGUGUGACAAGAUAUUUAGGGAUUUGUUGGAAAUUGAUUUAGAGCCAGCCCAGCGGCAAAUGCUUUAUAACAAAUAUGCAAAAUUCCUCCACUUCAGUCUUCAAGACCGACGGAGGUCAAUAGAUUAUCACAUGAAGGCAGCAGAAAUACUGCAUUCCUCCAGGUUUCGGAGAGAGAGCAUACACAUUCUGACCCAGAUUAUGAAAAGCAGGAUGGACCGAAUGUCUGGAGAAAUUGGGGACUUUCUGGCCCAACUAACCUUGUAGCUUAGCACACAAUAAAAAAAAAUCACAUGUUACAUAAUUAGACAAAAUCCUUUAUUUAUUAAAUAUGGCACCAACUUUCAGAUGUCUUUCAGUGUUGAAAUCUGCCAUACAAUGGAAGAAUGAUUACAAAGCGCAUAUUUUGUAAUCACCAAGGACUAAAUUAUUUUAAAUUUUUGUAAAAGGGGAACUAUACAUAGGAGUUUUAUUUAAGACUGAAAAAAAUACAAUUAGGCGAAUGAAUAUUCGUAAUGCCUGUUAUCUCAAUUGUUUUAUGUUUUUCAAAAAGUUAUAUUGUCCAGAGGGAGGAGGAAUGGACUGAACUGGGUGGGGAUCCUCCACCUCCACUCACCAUUGGCUAUCGGGUCAAAGUUCCUUGCAAACGUGACACGUUAUGGAAUGGCAUUUCCGCUUUUAUUUUGAAGUCUCAAUAAGAAUGAAAAAAGAGACAGAACACGCUAAAUUAAAAUAAUACGUAGAAAGACAGAAUGGACUAGUCGUUUCCUCUUCGGCUCUUCUUGUGACUUUUCUUUGAACUCCUGCUAUAGCUUAGCUUUAUUUUACUAAAAUGCCUUUUUAACUUUCCCUUUAUUUUCAAUUUAAUUUUCUCACUUUCUUAAAUACAUUGCACUUUCAAUUUUACUUACUAAAAAGCCUUUUUAACUUUCUAUUUUACUCAUUUCUUUGCAUAUGUUUUCUUUUACUUAUCUAUUAUUUUAUUUUAAUGUAUAACAAUGUUUAUAUGUGAAGCACUUUG